AUGGGUUUCGACGAAUGUUUCCUGAAAUCUGUUAAUCGAACUUUCAAGUAUAUGAGUUUCAGGACAAGGAUUUACCAGUUUCCUGUGGAUGAUGUAACAAUUAGAGUAGAAGUCCUGAAGCGGUUGAAUGGCUACAAGCCAUUUCUAUUUAACUUCACUGUCGACGCGUGUAAGUUUCUGAAAGGACAAAAGAAAACUAUGGUGACUCAGUUCUUUUACGAUCUGUUUGCUCCCUACUCGAACAUGCUUCACAAAUGUCCUUACGAUCAUGAUGUUUUUGUUAACAAACUUCCCAUUAGUCACUUGGACCACAUGCUGUCUAAUGUCCUUCCCUUUCCAGAAGGAGUUUACUGCGUUCACAGUGUUUAUUUCAGUCAUGGAAUACCGCGAAUGGAUCUAAAGGUCUACGUCAAUAUAAACUAAAUUCAUGAUUUUUAUUGAAGUAUAUGUUUUUGAGUUACAUAUAUUAACGUUAACCUGUUUCAAUUGCUAAUUGUAUCCAAAAUUUGGGGAAAACAACAGCAAUUAUUCGCAUGAUCUGUCAUGAAACCUAAUUGUUACAAAAAUUAA